AUGCUAUGGAGCCAAACGGGCACGGGAAAACGGGUAGUAGCCCGGGAGCACAGCGGGGCGAGGCUGGCGGGGCUCUGCCCGAGCGGGCGCACGCCCAGGGGCGCGCGGGGCGGCGGACCUGAUUGGGUGCCGGAGCAGGGGGGCGGUGGCCUGGGGCUGGCGGUGAGGGGCUGGGCGCGGCAAAGGGGCAGUCCCGGCGGGCGCUGCCAGGCUGCGGCGCGCAGGCGCAGCAGCCAGCCGCGGGAGCAGCGCGCAGGGUUGCGGGACGCGGCACGGGCGGGCGGAUGCGACUACGCCGGCGGGGCAGAGGCGGCCAGCGGGCGAGGUGGAGCAGCGGGCAGCGACGGCGGCCUCGGCUGCGAGCGGCGGCUGCAGGGGGCGUUACCGGAGUACGGCCACGGGCGCUGGGCGCGAGCGAGGCGCCGGUGCGGGUGGCAGAGCACGGCGAAGCGCGCGAGCAGGGGCAGGGGGUCGCGGUGGCCGGCGACGGGUGGCCGUGGGCGCAGUCCCGAGCGGCGCAGCGAGUGCGGGUCGGGCACGGGCGCGUGGGCGAAGGCGCGGACGAGGUCAUGGUGA